AUGGCUGGGAUUUGUCCGAUCCCAGCUCACCAACAGGACAAGAUCAUCAACCAAGAGAUAAAUAUCUCAAUCAGAGCCACAAUCGAGGAGAUCGAGAACGUUCACAGGUUAGCCAUGUCACGGCUAGUCUCGUCAGCGAGUCAAAAAGACCGUGAUCUUCGUGUAUUGGCCGGCCAUCUAUGCACGGUAGACUACCUAGAGCAGAAUUUGGCGGAGCGUAGAAAGAAUGAGUUCUUCUCUAGUCCAGCAAAACUGCCUCGAACACCGCGAUGCAACUCUAAGUCCCUUUAUACAUUACCGUCCACACUGGUCACUGUGGAGUGUAUCGAGGUCAAGGACGAUUCAAUGGACGUCUCCAAGGAGGCCGCCAAUAUCUAUCCAGAGCUGACAGAUGCAUCAAGAGAGUCAGAUUCUGAUGAUGCGGAACAUUAUCGCGACGAGAACGACGACGACGAGAACGACGACGACGAGAACGACGACGACGAGAACGACGACGACUGGGAGCGCCUCUCCUUGACCAGAACUGUAUCCUAUCGUGCUACAGCCCCUAUCGUGUCCGAAAGCAUUGGGGAGAAUUUGCCUAUCUACACCGUCCGAGAAACUUGA